AUGAGCUCCGAUCAGGCGAAGCUACCAAAAGAACCUGAGAGUGUAUACAUCAGUCCCAUUUGGUUAAAUCAUUCUAAUAAUUCUUCUUCGGAUUCUGGGUCUUCGUCAUUCAAUAUCUCAGAAAGUACUUCUACUACUUCGAAAAAUUGCUCUCUUCCCAAUGUAAAUAGCUAUCUUCAUUCUGAAGAACCGCCUAUAACUAACGAAGCUCUUUCACACUCCCUUCUUCACCAACAGGAAUUGAGCAGGUAUCCCUCCUUCUUUUCAAAUGUGAAUAAUGGCAUUAAUUCCUCUGCGAGUAGCAGAGAAGGUUUUAAAGGUUCUGAAUAUGCCCAUAGUAUCAUUAACCCGUCCUUACUAGGGUACUUAGAUGUUAAUUGGAUUUAUCAUUGCAAAGAGGAAGAUGACGAUCUUCACAACCCAAACUCUUCUGUCCUCAGUGUUUAUCAAGAUAAAAAGUCUUUUAGCUGGUCUCGAUGGGGCGAUAUUGCAUCGCUGAUUCUUUUAUUACUUGGUUUCUUUUUGCUUUUUAUAAUUUUCCCAGCUCUGACCUACACCGGAAAUGUUUCUCCUAAAAAGGAAAAUAAUCCAGCCAUGGCUGAACAAAUUACUGAUCAUGUAUUUGGUCUUUUGCGUUUUCCUCGAACUGAUUUGGUGGAUCCAGAUACUCCUGAAUCCGCUCUAACCAAAGUUGGUGUAAAUGGAAAAACAUAUAAGCUCAUGUUUUCUGAUGAAUUUAAUACGCCGGGUAGGAGUUUUUAUCCUGGAGAUGACCAAUUCUGGGAGGCGGCCGAUUUACACUAUGCAGCCACUAAUGACUUGGAAUGGUACGAUCCAGAUGCAAUAACUACAGCCAACGGUACAUUGGAUAUUAGAAUAGAUUCUUUUGCAAAUCACAAUUUGAAUUUUAGGUCCGGUAUGCUCCAGUCGUGGAAUAAGCUUUGUUGGAAAGGCGGCAUCAUAGAGAUAUCUGCUUCGCUUGGAGGUUCCGGUGAGCGUGCUGGUUUGUGGCCUGGUCUAUGGACGAUUGGUAACCUUGCUCGUCCCGGUUAUAUGGCCACAACAGAUGGAGUAUGGCCUUAUUCUUAUUCCCAGUGUGACGCGGGAAUAACACCAAAUCAGUCCUCAUGGGAUGGCAUAUCAUAUUUACCGGGACAAAAACUGUCUAGCUGUACAUGUGUUGAUGAAGAUCAUCCUAGUCCUGGUAUAGGCCGUGGCGCACCAGAGAUCGAUGCGCUUGAAGGAUCUACUGAAAAGCUUAACCCAAAUGAUGAGUUUGACAUCGGGAGUGCUUCCCAAUCUAGUCAAUUUGCUCCAUUUGAUAUGUUUUAUCUUCCAAAUUAUGAUUAUUUGGUCAUUCACAAUCAAAGCGUAACCCACAUGAAUUCUUAUGUGGGAGGUCCGUUUCAGCAAGCAAUAUCCGGAAUAACUAUUUUGAAUAAUAGUUGGUAUGAGCGUAAGGCUUUCCAAACUUACGGCUUCGACUAUAAGCCGGGUGAAAUUGACGGAUAUGUAUCGUGGUUUGUAGGUCCGAAUCACACUUGGACAAUGCUUGGAGCAGCUGUUGGCCCUAAUGGUAACGUUGGGGCCCGACAGAUAAGCGAGGAACCCAUGUCCAUCGUAUUCAACCUGGGUAUCUCAAACAACUGGGCUUAUUACUAUUUUCGAGAUUUACAUUUUCCAGCUACUAUGUCGAUUGAUUACAUCCGUAUAUAUCAGGAUCCUGAAGAUGAAAGCAUGCAUAUUGGAUGUGAUCCACCUGGGUAUCCUACAACCGAGUAUAUUGCGAACCAUCCUAUUGCAUAUAGAAACGCGAACAAAACGAGUUGGGAAUCGUGUGGGUAUGAAUGGCCAAAGAAUAGUUUAAUGCAUGGUUGUAGUGUAUAA